CACGGCACAACCGCCACGAAAACGACAGCAUUUCCUGUUGCAACAAGAAACAUGGAGGAGGUGUAUAAGGCGGAGGAUGACUGGGAUGAAGACGAGGCCACUCAAUACAUGAUUGAACAAAGUCUAUUGGACUACAGCAAACAUGCUGAUUCAACCGCCAGUGAUCUAUUAGACUGCAUAGACCACGAGGAAAUAUUCACAGCUAUACAAGCUGGUAAUGAGGAUGCUCUAAAGAUCCUGGUCCAGUGUAAAGAGGCUCUGUCCAAUGCAGACAGCAGGGGCUGGAUUCCUUUACAUGAGGCUGCGGUACAACCAAAGAAGAGCGUUCUGGAGAUCACUUAUGCAGCAUCUCCUCAGGGUUCAGGCCAAUGCCGGACUCUGAGAGGGGAGACUCCAUUGUUUCUCUCUGUGGUCCACGGUCACAGAGACAAUGGCACAUUUCUGCUGCAGAAUGGCUGUGACCCUGACUGCAAAAAUGAGGAUGGUGAUUCUGCAUUGAUUGCAGCAAUAAAGAAUGACCAGUAUGACCUGGCUCUUCUCCUGAUACGCUACAAUGCCAAAGUGGACCAAAUAGGAAGACUUCAGAGAACUGCUCUGCAUGAAGCAUCUGUGCUUGGCUUGGAUCACUUUGCAUACCUGCUUCUACAAUCUGGAGCUGAUCCAAAUGCGAUUGAUGCAUGUGAACAUACUCCUUUAGGACUUGCUGCGCAAGCUGGACAUUUUAACGUUGUUGAGGUUCUGCUUCAGAAAGAGGCCAGCGUGUGGUCCAAGCCCCACUCUUCGAAUUCAGCCUCGGUUUUGUUUGACGCAGCGGCCUCCGGAAACCCUGACAUCAUUUCACUGCUACUGGAAUAUGGAGCCGACCCCAACGUGCCAAACCACACGGGUCAUCUCCCAAUCCACCGCGCGGCCUACCGCGGGCACCUACUAGCACUGGAGCAACUCAUCCCAGUGACUAAAAAGGAAGUGAUCAGGGAGAGUGGAAUGAGCCCAUUACACUCCGCUGCUGCUGGUGGUCACCCGCAGUGCCUGGAGCUGCUCCUGAGCUCUGGGUUUGACCCUAACUUCAUGCUGCACCCUAAAGUACGCAGGAACUACGACGAUGAACGCAGGUCGGCAAUGUUUUUUGCCGUGUCUAAUAAUGACGUCCAGUCGGCACGGCUGCUCCUGGAGGCUGGGGCCAUGGCUAAUCAAGACCCUGUUAAGUGCCUGCAAGUGGCCAUGCGACUCGGCAACUACGAACUUAUAAACACUCUGCUACGCUACGGCGCCAACGUAAAUUACUACUCCCGUGUCAACACCACCCAUUUCCCUUCUGGCCUGCAGUAUGCACUAAAGGAUGAGGUGAUGCUGCGUAUGCUGCUUAAUAACGGCUAUGAUGUGCAGCGAUGCUUCGACUGUCCGUAUGGACAGGCCUCACACGUGCCAGUGGACUACGAGGGCUGGAGCACCUCUGUCAUAAAUGAUGUAGUGUUUUGUGAGGUGAUCACAGUGUACUGGCUCAGGCACAUCUCAGCCCAAGUGGUGAGAAUUAUGAUGGACUACGUCGAUCAUGUGACGCUCUGCUCCAAACUGAAAAGUGUUCUUGUUGAACAACCACAGUGGGCUGAAAUAUGUCAAAUACAAGAAAAUCCUAGAAGACUAAAGCACCUCAGCAGACUGAAGAUCCGUGAAUGUUUGGGCCGCUUGCGUCUAAGGGCUCCAGUUUUUAUCAGUUUCCUGCCUUUACCUGCUAGUCUCAAAGACUAUAUCCGCUUCAAAGAGUACGAUAUUUACAGUAGAGGAAGUUUUUCAGAAAAAUAAUAAAAACUUGUGAAUAAUUCUGUACAUAAGCAGCUGCUCAUAUAAAUUAACUUCAUGGAUAUUUUGUUUUGAUUUUAUUUCUGUGUUUGUUUAAAAAAGCCCAAACAUGUGUUGUACCAUAUUCAUUCUUGUUAGAUAAAUUAUUUUGAUUAUUAUGUUUAGACACAGCGGCUUGGAAAAGUUUACAAUUCGGGGAUUAGAAUUAUAUU